AUGGGGAGGGCGCGCCGGGGCGCACGCGGGGGGCUCCCCUUCUCCUCUCCCCACCCGCAGCCAGCCCUGGCCCGAUUCUCCAGCGUGUCCUAUGGGCCAGGGCUUCUGCGGGUGGCAUCAUUGCACUUCCUCCUCCCAGCAUCCAAAGUCUUUGUUCUCCAGGGACCCUAUCUGGUCUGGAACGGUGCCCUCGCCAUGGGCCAGGGUCCUUGGGCUCAGCUCCUGAUGCCCUGGUUGGCCCUGGGGUACCUGGUAGGUGCCCAGGGUCUCUGGGUCGGGGCCCCGGAGACUUCAGGUCCGGGACGUGUUCGCAGGAGAGGUGGACCUCCUAUCUUGCAAGGGCCCAAUGUGUGUGGCUCCGGGUUCCAGUCCUACUGCUGCCCCGGCUGGACCACGCGCCCCGGAGGGCACCUGUGCGUCGUGCCUCUCUGCAGACAUGCCUGUAGCCCGGGGUUCUGCUUCCAACCCAACCUGUGCAUCUGUGCCAAUGGGCAUCAGGCCCCCAGCUGUGGGGUGAGCAGAGAGGUGGGGUGCAGAGUGAGCUGCUUGAAUGGUGGCAGUUGCAGAGGGGACUCCUGCCUGUGCCAGAAGGGGUACACGGGCACCCUUUGUGGACAACCCCUAUGUGACCAUGGCUGCCACAACGGAGGUCGCUGCAUCGGCCCCAAUCUCUGUGCCUGCGUGUAUGGCUUCCUAGGACCAUGGUGCGAGAGAGACUAUCGGUCGGGUCCCUGCUUUGGCCAAGUGGGGCCCUGGGGCUGCAAGCACCAGCUGACGGGCCUCACGUCCACCAAAACCCUGUGCUGCGCCACUGUGGGGCGUGCCUGGGGCCUGCCCUGUGAGCCGUGUCCUGCCCAGCCGCACCCCUGCCACCGGGGCUUCCUCCCCAAUGUCCACACGGGUGCCUGUCAGGAUGUGGACGAGUGUGUCAGCCUGCCUGGCCUCUGCUCUGGGGGCCUCUGCACCAACACGGUGGGGGGCUACACCUGUGUCUGCCCACCAGGGUUCACCAGCAGCCAGGAUGGGACACGCUGCCUGGACCACCGGGCUGGUAUCUGCUACCUGGCACUAAUUGGGGGGCGCUGUGUGGGACCCGCUGCCCUGCGCUACCCCCGAGGGUCAUGCUGCUGUGAACGGGGCAGGUGCUGGGCCGCUGGAUCGUCCCCUGAGCCAUGUCCUGUCCCCGGCUCAGCUGAGUUCCAGCGACUAUGCCCACAUCAGAGAAGCAGCCCAGCCUCUGCACCAGGCGCUGCGGUUCCAGGCUUUGGAUCGACACCACAGGACCCCCGGGGUUCUGAGCCAGCGGUUCCCAGCCUGAGCCUCAGUGGGACUCAUGUAGACGCUGCUGAAUGCCAGGGCGGGGCCCCCAGCCCCGGCUCCUUCCACUGCCGCUGUCCCGAGGGGCUGGUCCAGGGCAGCAACCAUCCAUGUACAACCAACCAGGUGCCCAACCAGGUGCCCAGCCAGGUGGCCCGCCAGGUGGGCAGCGCAUGCUACAGCGGCCUGGACGGGACCAGCUGCACACGCCCCUUCCCCGGCACCUUCACCAGAGCCCAGUGUUGCUGCGCCAGCCCCGAGCACCACUUCGGGGAACCCUGCGAACCGUGCCCAGCUCAGAACUCAGCUGAGUUCCAGGUUCUGUGCCCCAGCAGCCUGGGCUUCUCCACGGAUGGGAGAGACAUCGAUGAAUGUCACCUCUUUCCUGAGAUCUGUGGCCCGGGUACCUGUCGAAACACCCCGGGCACCUUUGAAUGCCACUGUCCCCAGGGCUACAAGAGUAGCUUGGCACCGAGGCAACAAUGUGUGGAUGUGGAUGAAUGUGAGGUGGGGGGAUCCCUCUGUGAGGCACAUGCCUCCUGCCUCAAUUUCCCUGGGAGUUUCCGCUGCCGCUGCCAGCCAGGCUGGAUAGGAGAUGGACUUAGAUGCCAAGACCUGGAUGAAUGUACCUCCCACACACACCCCUGUGAUCAUGGCCACUGCCUCAACACCACUGGCUCCUAUCACUGUGCCUGCCAGCCUGGCUUUCUCCAGAAUGGCUUCUACCAUGACAGGGAUGAAUGUGCCGAGGACAGAAACCUCUGUGCCCAUGGGCAGUGCCUCAACGUCCCCGGCGCGUUCCGUUGCGAAUGUGACCCGGGCUUCGAGAGCACAGAGGACCAGCGCGCCUGCCAGGACGUGGACGAGUGUGCGUCUGGGACCCUCUGCGCCUUUGGGAGCUGCAAGAACUUGCCUGGAACAUUCCACUGCGUGUGUUCAGACGGCUUUGCACUGGAGCUGGGAGGCGCCCGGUGCUCAGGUGUGGACGAGUGCAGGCACCCCGCAAGCUGUAUCAACGGUCGCUGUGUGAAAACUCCUGACACCUACGGCUGCAGCUGCCCUCAGGGCUUCAUGCAGGACCCCAAUAGUGGCAGCUGUGUGGACACCCGAGUCGGAAACUGUUUCCUUGCCAUUCAACAUCGAGGGGAUGGGGGCUUGUCCUGCAACACCGAGAUUGGGGUCCGCGUACCCCGGGCAUCCUGCUGUUGCUCCCUAGGCCAGGCCUGGGGCAGCCCCUGUGAGCUGUGCCCAUUCAUCAACACCACGGAGCACCGAGCCCUGUGUCCUGGUGGGGAAGGCUUCCGGCUCAGCUCCAUCACUUUUGCUCUGGAAGACAUUGACGAGUGCCAAGAACUUCCGGGGCUGUGCCAGGGAGGUGGCUGCAUCGACACCUUCGGCAGCUUCCGAUGUGAGUGUCCACCUGGCUACCGCCUUCAGGAGGACAUGAGCAGUUGUGUGGAUGUUGAUGAGUGCUUGGAGGAGCCCACGCCCUGCCUCUUUGGAACCUGCACGAACACCCCUGGAACCUUUCAGUGUCUCUGCCCAGAGGGCUUUGUCCUCUCCCACAGCAGACACAGGUGCUUAGACACUAGGCAGAGUCUCUGCUUCACACGUUUUGAGGCCGGAAAGUGCUCGAUGCCCAAAGCUUUUAACACCACCAAAACUCGGUGCUGCUGCAGCCAGAGGCCUGGCAAGGGCUGGAGCCAUCCCUGCGAGCCAUGUCCACAGGAGGGCAGUGCUGCCUUUCAGGAGCUCUGCCCCUUUGGCCAUGGUGCGGUUCCAGGCCCAGAUGCCUCCCGAGAAGAUGUGAACGAGUGUGCAGAGAACCCCGACAUCUGUGGCACUGGCCGCUGCAUCAACACCCACGGCGCCUUCCGCUGCGAGUGUCCCCUUGGCUAUACCCUGGAUCUGACCGGCUUCGAGUGUGUGGACACAGACGAAUGUUCCUCUGGGCAGCCCUGUGGGGCUGGAACUUGCACAAACAUUGCAGGGGGCUUUGAAUGUGCCUGCAUGGAUGGUUUUGAGCCGGGACCCCAGAUGGCCUGUGAGGACAUCGACGAGUGCUCCCGGAACCCUCUGCUCUGUGCCUUCCGCUGCAUCAACACGAAUGGGUCCUACCUGUGCACCUGCCCGCCAGGCUAUGCCCUGCGUGAGGACGGAGCCACGUGCCAAGACAUGGACGAGUGUGUGUUGGGGUCCCAGGACUGCCAGGCCCGGGGUCUGCUCUGCAAGAAUCUCAUUGGCUCCUUCGCCUGUGUCUGCCCCCCGGGUCUGCGCCUCCAGCCAGGCGGGGAGGGCUGCACGGAUGCCGAUGAGUGUCGUGCCCAGCCACGCCCCUGCGCCCAUGGCCGCUGCCUCAACACCGUGGGAAGCUUCCGCUGCCACUGUGAGCCUGGCUUCCAGCCCAGCCCUGCCCUCACGGCCUGCCACGAUGUCCGGCGAGGGUAUUGCCUCUCCGAGGUGCAGUCAGCAUCAUGCCAGGCUCAGAGGAGUGGUGGGGAGCCUGUCACCCACGCUGAGUGCUGCUGUGGGGGCGGUCGCGCCUGGGGGCCCCGCUGUGAACUCUGCCCCCUGCCUGGCACUCCAGCCCACAGGGCAUUGUGCCCACUUGGCUCUGGCUACACUGCAGAUGGCCGAGACGUGGAUGAGUGUCGCAUGCUGGGAUCUCUCUGCACCCACGGUGACUGCAUCAACAGCCUCGGCUCCUUCCGCUGCCACUGCCAGGCCGGGUUCAUGCCCGAUGCCCCUGCCACUGCCUGCCUGGACGUGGAUGAGUGUGGCCAGACCCCCAAGCCCUGCGCCUUCCGUUGUCACAACACGGAAGGCAGCUUCCACUGCACCUGUCCACGGGGCUUCGUGCCAGAAGAGGGGGGCAGACGUUGUGGAGACCUGGACGAAUGUGCCUCCCGGCGCCAUAACUGCCAGUUCUUCUGCGCCAACACCAUCGGGGCCUUCACCUGCCGCUGUCCACCUGGCUUCACCCAGCACUUGCAGGCCUGCUUUGAUAGUGACGAGUGCAGAAGCCAGCCUGACCCAUGCGGGACCCAUGCGCACUGCCGCAACACACGGGGUAGCUUCAGCUGCGAGUGUGCGAAGGGCUUCAGGCCCCGCAGCUCAGGCCCUGGCUGUGAAGAUGUGGAUGAAUGCAAUGGGCCCCAUGGCUGCCCCCAUGGCUGUGAAAACGAGCCGGGGAGCUACCACUGCCACUGUCCAUUGGGCUUCAUCCCGCACUCGCACAGGGGCCAAUGUGUGGAUGAGAACGAGUGUGCCCUGACCCCUGACACCUGUGGCAGUGCCGCCUGCCUUAACACCCUGGGCAGCUUCCGCUGUGAGUGCCCCUCAGGCUUCCACUUCCACCCCGCCCGGGGCGGCUGCAGGGACCUGGACGAAUGCGCCACUCCUGGGACCCCGUGCAGAUAUGGCUGUGCCAACGCGCCCGGAGGCUUCCUGUGCGGCUGCCCAAAAGGCUUCUUCCGGGCUGGACAGGGUCACUGCAUUUCCAGCCUGGCUCUCGGUCCCGACCCCCAGGACACCCCAGAAGCAGAGGAGCUAGGGCCUCCCAAAGGCUGCUAUGAAUGCAGAAUCAGGGAGCAUCCUUCUGGGAACCGUGCUCGGCGCAGCGCACAGAGAGACCCACAGGUGAACCUGGCCAGCCUGGACUCGGAGAUUCCUCUAACCUUGAGCCUCAACCUGACCCACCUGGGUCUGGCCCAGCACAUCCUGGACUUGCGGCCAGCGCUGAGGGGCCCUGGGAGUCCCGGCAGUUAUGUUAUUGCACGGGGCAGCGGCCGAUGCUUCUUCCGCCUGCGUCGCCUCCACCCUGGUCUCACCUCCUUACAGCUGGGCCGGAAGCCCAGGCCUGGGACCUACGGGCUGGAGGUGGUAAGCCUGGCUGGGCAGGGACUGUGGGGCCGGCCCCUGAGGCUGAAGUUGCAGCUCCAGGUACUGUAGUGGGGGGAGCCUUCUCCCCCCACUUUAUGCCUCCCCUCACCCCUUCUCCAGCUUCUCAGCAAGGAUGGGGUCCAAACUGACUCUUUCUGGAAGUUUGGGGGAGAAGAGACUGAUCACCCUAUGCAGCAGGGAAUUCCUGCCUUGACCUCGACAGCACCCUAACUCUCUCACACACACACACACACACACACACACACACACACACACUUCCACCAUGCCGCCCUCUCCAGGACGGAAAGUCCUCAAUCUAGGAUCAGCUGAUCAUGACAUCAAUUGAUUCUGGACCCAGAUCAGUUGAUCAUGGGAUCCUUCGAUCACUGGAUCAAUAGAUCCCCAAGGAUGAAAGGUGGCCCAGCUGCCACCCCAAA